AUGGGCUUCCGAGCUUCUUCCCCCCUCGCCAGGCUCUCCCCCCACCUCUUCCCCUCCUCCCCUCCUGCCGUCUCUUUCCUCUUGCAGUACUUUCGGCAGCCGGGUAUGAUCCCAAGUCUAGUUGGACCGCCUAUGGAGUGUGCUAAGGCGGAUGUGGGGCAAGGAGUGGGGGGCGGGGUGGGGGAAGAGGUGGGGGAAACGAAGGCGGAGGGGGCAGGGGUGCGGGGGAGGGUGGGGGAUGAGGUGGGGGAAAGCAGAGGAGAAAGGGAGGGAGGAAGGGGGCCAGGGGAGGGGGGAUAUUACCCUGUGGUUGAGCUGAUAGCGAAUGUGGACGAGCCGAGUGCAUGGAGGGAAUGGAAGGAACAAUGGUGUGCUACAGCUCCCUGCUCAGGAGCACUAACAGACGGCACGGAUUCUGGUGACAGCAGCAGCAGCAGCAGCAGCAGCAGCAGCAGCAGCAGCAGCGGUGGCGGUGGCGGUGGUAGUGGUGGUGGUGGUGACGGGGACAAGUUCAAAAACGGCCGUUUCCUCAGGGUGGUAUUCAACCACAACGCCCACGAAAUAAGAGGGUACAACACGGCCGCCCGCACUGCCCGGGGAACCACAAUCGCGCUCCUGCAAGACGACGAUAUCCUGCCGCCCAACUGCCGUUGGAUCUGGCGGAUCCUACGGCUGAUGAAGCAGCGGCCGGCUGUAGCAGCAGUGGGCUACCGCACGGGAAGAGUGGACAUGAAUGGGCCGCUAUGGGGAGAAAUCAAUUCCUGGUAUCGGCAACCUUAUGAAAUAUUUUCACAUCCAAGCCAGGACAGGAGGACUGGUAUCAGGAGUUACUUUGCCGGGGUGUUGGAUUUUGCACCGUUUGUGAUGCGGAGGGAUAAGUAUUUGCUGCUGGGGGGGUUGGAUGAGGGGGAGGCUCCAAGGGGGCAGAGUGCUAUCAUGGCGGACUGGCAGAUGACGUUUCGGGCGUGGUUUGCCGGCAUGCAGCUAGAGUAG